GGAGGGUGGGAGAGGCCUCGCCUGAGCUGAGGAGCGCCGACAGUGGCCUGAUAAAGGGGGAGAAGAAGAGGAGGAGGAGGAGGACGAGGGGAAGAAGAGGAGGGAGGGGAAGAAGCUGCCGCCUGUCAAAGGGGGGGAUCAACCUGUGCUGUCAUGGACAAAUAUCGACCAAAGAGGCCGACCACCCUGGCUCUGUUCCCACAGCAGCCACAGGCCGGCACCCAGGACUCCAUCAACAACAACUCUUUUGGAAAGAAGGAAAGUUGGAAGGAGUCCCACUCGUCCUCUCCUCACAUCACAGGGGAUCUAAUACCACCGGAUGUUAAACCAAAAGCAGAGGACAAAGUCCGGAACAACACGCGCCGCCCAGCACCUAAACCACCUGCAGCCAAUGAGGCCAAGAGCAGAACCAACACUCAGGCUGCUGCCAACGCCUCCUCAGACGCUCGCACCCGUCUGAGGGAGAAACAGGCGUCGGGGGCCCCGCACACACAGGCCUCCAUCACUCUGAGGAGUCAGAGGAGAGCAGCCACAGCAGGAGGAGGAGGAGGAGGAAGAGGAGGAGGAAGAGGAGCAGCAGCGAUGAGAGACAGGAGCCUGGGGGACGUCAAGGGGAAGGAUGGAGUGACAUCAGGGAGGGAGGAGAGGAGAACAGGGAGGCUGUGUGCAGACGCCAAGGCCAAGGAGAAGGAGAGGAAUGGACAUCAGAGGCCCAGAGAAACCAACGGACUGAAGAGCCGAGGGGCCGAGGGGAAAGGAAGAGUGGGCUCUAAAGUGGGGAACAAGGGAGGAGGGGGACUGAAACCAAAUAACAUGCUGUCCAACCAGGAGGUUUACCUGACGGCCAUGGUGGUCCCACGCACACCUGUAGCACCGAGGACCCAGGACGAGACCCAGGACAAGACCCAGGACAAGACCCAGGAGCAAGGCCAAAGCCAUGACGGGACCCAGGAUAACCCCCCUGCCAUGUCCCGGUCCAGCAGUGAGGGGGGCUCAAACAGGAUGUCCCUCAGCUCCGACACAGAGGGGCCCCCACCUGGCCCCCUGCAUCCAUCUUUAUCCCACCGAACCAACCCUGACAUCAGGGAGGAGGAGGGGGAGGGAGACCCGACUCCCUGUCUGAACGUCCAGGACGGUCCAUCCCUCUGCCCUGCGGGGGAUGAGAUCACUGAGAUGGACUGCACCACGUCAGAGGUGGAUGCAGGGGGGGGACGAGGUGACAGUAACUCUGAGGUGGACGGCACCGACUCAGCUGUCACUCAGGGAGACGCAGUGGCUGCUCGGACUCUACCAAAGAGCGGAACUGCAGCAGCGUUGAAUUAUGACUCUGUGAAAUACACUCUGGUGGUGGAUGAACACGCUCAGUUGGAGCUGGUCCGCCUGCAGGACUGUUUGCACGGUUACAGUGAGCACAACGAUGACAGCGACACAGAGACAGUCUAUCAGUCAGCCAAUGAGGAGGAAGACCCCGAGUACGAGGAGGAGAGGAAGAGGAGCAAGGGAGCAAGGAACCAAGAGAAAAGAAAGGAAGAGGAGGAGGCAAAGAAGAAGUGGGAAGAGGACGUGAAGAGGAGGAGAGAGGAGGAGGUAAAGAGGAGGAGGGACGUCGUAACAAAGAUCUGCAGACAGUCCAAGGUAACGUCAACCACAGCAACCGAGGAUGAGGAGCCUCUCGGAGGAAGGGGCGGAGCUCCCAGGAGCAGGAAGUUCCUCAACCUGUUUGCCAACAACAGCCAUUACAGCGCCACUGGCGCUGGGAGUUUUGGUGUGUUCUCCUGUGUUUUGGAUGGAGUGGAACGACCGCAGAGCCACAGAGCCGUCUACAGGUUUGUCCCCCGUCAUGCGGAUGAGCUUCAUCUGGAGACGGACGACCCGGUGUUGUUGCUGAAGCAGUCCGAGGACCUGUGGUGUCAGGGUUACAACAUGAGGACCGGAGCUACGGGCAUUUUCCCUGCGUUCUACGUCGUCAAGUUGGACAAAGAUAUGAACCAAGUACAGAAAGACGGUUGGGUAGAAAAGUUCCUGGUGCGAUUCCUUGGUUCGGUUCAGGUCCCAGUCCACAAAGGCAGCGACGUGAUGUGUGUCGCGAUGCAGAAGGUUGCAUGUAACAGGCGGUUAGCAGGUCAGCCUCCCUCGGCCUGUGUGCUGGAGGUCAGUGUGAAGGGGGUGAAGAUCAACGUCCAGGACCAGUGUCACUCUGCUCACAGGGGGGACCAGUGUUUCCAUUUUUUCCAGUUGAAGAACAUCUCAUUCUGUGGUUGCCAUCCAAAACACAGCAAGUAUUUUGGUUUCAUCACCAAACAUCCCGACCAACAACGUUUCGCUUGUCACGUGAUGAUGUCAGAUACAACAUUACAUCCUCUGGCUGAGUCUGUGGGGAGGGCGUUCCAGCAGUAUUACAAGCAGCACAUCGGCUACUCCUGUCCCACUGAAGACAUCUUCAUCGAAUAGCACCUGUCCUCCAUCCUUUGUACUGAAUACUCACUUUGUGCAUGUAAGCCUGGUCUUACACCACAGACUGGACCGCUGAUAUAUCUUCAUCAGAGUACUUGCAUGGUGGAUUUUCUUUUCUUAGCUGUGACACAGCGAGCGUUUCCUCCCUUUGACCAUGUCACAAAUUAAAUACCUCUAUGGAUGGAUAGGAUCACAUGAGAUGUCCCGAACAGAUGUAACAUAAAUCUACCCAAACAAAUAUCUGCUAAUGAUAUAUUUUAUAGAGUAAAAGUACUUAUAUGUAACUACACAUAGGGGUCGGCAGGUACAAAUGUGGGAGUACGGACUCAAUUUAAAGACAGAAGGUUUACGGUUCAUAGUCUCUGGACCCUGUGCCUAAAUAUGUUUCCAUGAAUCAGCAGAAAUUGAUUAGCGAAGACCCCCCCCCCCGUCCCAAAAAAGUAGUUAUAAAUUCGCACAAUUUAUCAAAAGUUAAUUACUUUUGAUCCAUUAUGAUUCUGCGUCAAUCACGUCAACAACUCAGCAGGUCACGUAACUGCUCAGGUGUCAAUCACAACGUCACAUCAACUACCUAAAACAAUAUAAACCAGCUCCGAGAAAAAUCGAGCUGACUUUUUAGUUUGGCCCUUGUCCCAUCAGCUAACAUGGAGGAGGCAGGGUUUAUGACCUAUACUGUAGCCAGCCACCAGGGGGCGAUACAGACGAUUUGACUUCACUUUUGCCGACCUGUCAUGUCGGCCAUUUAAAUGUUUCAUUUCACGGUCCUAACCUUCGGAGGCUGCAUUCGAACAACUACAGGUUCCUUCAAAUGCGUCAACAGGUCGAUCCUCAUCGAGCGAAACCUUUCCCAGGAUUCAUUGCUCUUUGGUCAACUGUUUUUUAAAGAGGUAAUGGCGCCGGCAAGCAAUGAGACGGCUGAUGCACUCAACCGAACAGCUAAUGAUACACAUGUUAAAAAAACCAAGGGGCAUCUCGUUUAGGUUCGGCCUUCGCCGUCUUUACGGCCCACGAAGAACUCCGCCCUCGUAGCUGCGUAGGUCGUGUCCCCUGAAGGAGGCGGUCCCUGAAUUGAGACACAGCUUAAGCUUUAAUUUCUAAAUUUGUAAAAGUUGGUAAAUCUUCUGUCAUUAAAUUAGCUUCAAACUUGACGCAGCGGGAAAGAAGAAGCUCCCUAUCAACCAGGACGCCCCCUAUAGUUUCAAAGACAAUAUAUAUAUAAUAUAUAUAUAUACACACACACAAAUGAACCUGCUUGAUUGUUUGCACAGAUUGAUCUUUCCAAAAACAUAAAUAUAUAUAAUUCUGUGUCUUACAAAUCCCCAGACUUGACAAUCUACUGUUGGAGACGAUUGGUGUUGAGAUGCCUGAGUUCUCUUCCUGCUCCUUCACAUUCCUUUUCUUCCAUUUGUGGUUUCAUCCACAAAUCCAUUAUGCAGGUUUUCACUACUGUUCCCUUAACUGUGUAAAGACAGGGGCCAAACGAAGCUGUGCAAUUCAACACAACAGAUACUUUUAGCUUUGACUUCUUUUGCGUCGUCUGUCCAAUGGUUGGGUCACGUCAAUGUGGAAGUAAAUACUUCUCAUUUAAAAAGAAACACUGCACUUUGUUAUCGAAGGCUCACCCACAGUUUGAGUUCUUUGGAUAAAAACAGCCGUUAGAAGAUUAGCUCAAGCUACAUCGAACCACGAUUUCUCAAAAGUGGAUCAAAUGUCACCCAUGAGCCAUUUUCAGACAUGAACCAUAGUUUCUCUCGUGGUUUGUGUUUGUCCUGUGAAGCAGCAGAUCGUCCGACUCAUUCACAACAACAGGAACACGUGCUGUGGAAAGAUCAGUGUUACAGCUCGUCCACACCGGCGUCGGCCGCUAUCACCCAAACAUCUGGAAUCUCCUCGUCUUUCCAAGUUGACGUCUUCGUCUUCUACGUGUACGACGAGAUUUGGGUUCUUCCAGUUUAACGUCUGUCGCGUGUUAGAAACGCUUGUGAUGAAUCGUCUGGACAACAUCCUGCUGUGUCCUCACAUGGACUCACUAGGACAAUCUUCAGAGUUUCCAGGGACAGAGUCAGGAAAAACUCUGGAGAUUGUCCCAAGCAGCUGACGAUGCCCCCUCGUAAAAAUUUCGUUUUUCGUCUUAUCUCGUAGUUCUGCUUUUCCAACAACCAAAUUACGCUCUUACUGCCUUUGUUUGUAGCGCCAUUAGCAUGCAACUGUUUUCAGCCAAAAACUUCGUGUAAACUUGCGACCGGCCUUUCUUUGGACCGUGAUCUCAGCUAGCAGGUGAACAUGGUGGAGCGUUUAGCAGCUAACGAGCAAGAUAUUUCUCAGGAGUGGUUGGAGGCCAGAGCUACAAAAGAAACUGAAUAUAAGUAUUUAUUUGAGUAUUUGAAUUCUAAUGUUUCUCUCUUAAAAUGUUUUGGUUUUUUUAGCUUGUUCUGCUGCCCCCCAGUGGCCAAAACAAAAUUAAUGUAACUUUAGGAUCCAAUGGUUUAACUCCACACACACAGUUGAACCACGUGAUAUUCGAGCAGAUGAACUCAAUGAAAACUCAAAAGAAACGAAGCCUGACAUGUUUUGUGUUAAAAAAAAAAAAAUCAGUGCCUUUUUAGUUUUGGUUCAUUCAGUGCGGUGAUGAUGACGUCGUCGGUACAUUCGUAUAAUUUACCUGUUGACUUCAGAUACGUCUCCAAUCUCAGCACACCCAACAGAUCACUGCAUUCACACGAGUCGUCUUGUAACUGGAUAUGAGUUGGAUCAUCUAAGAUGGCUGCCAUGGAAUAUUUAAUGAUAAACCGAAGAGGCCAACGUGCUGCGAGAGAUCAUAUUCACGCUGCUGCCAUUUCCCUCUGAUCUACUAAUGUAGAAUUGAUCGGGUUCACUUAAAGGCAAAAUACAUUCUGAGAACAAAGUCUUUAUUUUACAGAAAACUUUUGCAACAAUCAAAUCAUAACUCUGGACUAUGUUGAAAAUAAGAAGAUGCUGAAUUAGAUGAAAGAGAUCUAGAAAAAGAUGAAAAGCAGAGAUGUUGAGAAUAAAAUCAAAAUAUAUGAUAACGAUAAAUGAUAAAGUCAUAUUCGAGAAGAAAUUCGUAAAAUUAUGACAAUAAAGUCUAAUUAUAGAAUAAAGAAGAAUGGUUGUUAAAGGACAAAAUACUAAGUACUUGUACAUUUUGGCAUGAAAAUGGUUAAAAAUCUUUCCAAAGCAUCUGUAGCAUCUGGACCUUUUUCAUACUUGACUAAAAUUACCACUCGUCGCCUUUCACUGAGCUUCUUGCCUUCGAUUCAUUCAACAACUCACUCAUGCAACAUGUAUUUCAUAUGAAACGUUCAUUAUGAUGUUGUAAAUUUAAAGUUCCUGUCGGGUGAUUUUUAUCAUGUGAUUUAAAAUCAGGAAAUCAAACAUUUAAAAACUAUAGGUUGUUUCAGUCGUCGUGUCACUGAGCCGUUCCAGUGGCCGAGCUUUGACCUUCUGACGCUUCUGAUGAGAAACAGUUUCAUUUCCAUGUCAACCAUCUGAGGUGCGCCACAGGAAGUUGUUCUGAUCCACCAGAAAGUGUCCUUCCUCUGAACUCCACUCCUGUGAUUCUAACACCAUGAGGAUCCACUGUACUUACUCAUCAACAUAGUUAUAUAUCCUGUAUAGAUACUGUAUGUAUGUACGUUUGUAUAGGAGUUAUUAUUGUAUGCUGUUGGUAUUAACCAAAUCCUGGGUGUAACACCGCAUGAUAUCGAUGUUGUAAAAUGAAAACAAGAUGCACAGAC